AUGCCUAAAUCCAAGCGCGCGAAGGUCGUCCACCUCACAAAAGUCGACAAGAAAGGCAAGGAGUUAACCCUAAAACUCUUCGCCAACGUUCGAGAAUGUCUCGAUGAAUACCAAUUCUGCUUCGUCUUCUCCGUCGACAACAUGAGGAAUACAUAUCUCAAGGAUGUGAGGAGCGAAUUGAGUGAUUCAAGGUUCGUUCUUUCUCAUUUUCCAAGUUAUUAAUAAAUUCCCAAUCGCGAAUUCAAAAUCCAGAAAGAGUUGUAUUCAAAUACUCUCCGAUAUCUUCAAGAACCUCGAAUUCCAACGAGUACAUAAAAGCUAACAAAAAACUAACCCAGACUCUUCUUCGGCAAAACAAAAGUAAUGGCCAAAGCCCUCGGAACAACCCCCCCAGAAUCGCACCAAGAAAACACCCACCUCCUCUCCCCCCACCUCCAAGGCAACGUCGGCCUCCUCUUCACCAACCGCCCCGUCGCCGACAUAAAAUCCUACUUCGCAGCCCUCUCAAAAACAGAUUUCGCGCGCGCCGGAACCCCCGCGACGCGCGAGUUUACUAUUCCCGCUGGAAUUGUCUACUCCAUGGGUGGCGAGAUUGCAGAGGAGGAUGACGUCCCGCUAGCACACAGUCUGGAGCCGGAGUUGAGGAAGUUGAAUGUGCCGACGAGUUUGGUCAAGGGGAAGAUUGCGUUACAGAAUGCGUAUACGGUUUGUAAGGAAGGGGAGAUGUUGGAUAGUAGACAGACGCGGUUGUUGAAGUUGUUUGGGGUUGCGACGGCGGAUUUUACGGUUAAGCUUGUCGCGUAAGUUAUUUUCUGUCUGAGAGGAAGUGAUGGUCUGGGAUUUUGGGCUAAUAAGUUUUUACAGAUACUGGAGUUCAGCCACAAGCGAGGUCACAGAAAUCCCUAACGAGGAGGAAGAAUUGUGA